GUUAGCGGCUCCUACGUACAAUAUUUCUCCUUCAGAUGACCAUGUACGAAGACGUUGACGGUGUACUAUGCUUCCUGCACAAGGAAGAUCUCCUAGGCAAUCAUGAGACAUUCCUUCUGUAUGUACUAGAUCGGUGUUGGUUGGAAUAGUUGGACUAUAAAAUCUCGAUCAUGCCUAGAGGGUUUUACACCACUGAUUCAGACCUCUAUCGACCUUCGAUACUCUUUGUUCCACAGUCUUUUUGGCCGCGAGAUGAAUGCUAUCUUCCGUAUGACUGCCAUCCAGCGGGUGAAACAUAUCAUCCUGCCGGACUUCAAAACAAGGGCACUCACAACAUCGAUCGUACCUAAGAGACCCCUGAAAACAGCUGUCUGCCAUGAGACUGUGCUCAAGGGUACGGCGAAUCCAGUUUCUCGAAGACUCUUGUUUCACACUCCAACAAAACACUACGUCGCGACCGAGAUCUCGAACACAAAAGCGACUCCCGUAGCGGCAGAGAUAUCAAUGAGUAUCGAUGGACAGGAAGAAAUCUUCUCGGCGCUACUUUUUCGUGACAUGUGUCACUAUCCAUUGUACAUACAUCCUUCGACCCGACAAAAGCUCUAUCCGACUGCAGAUAUACCUACGAGCAUAAGACCACGUUCUGUGCAUGUUUCGGAAUCGGCAGCUACCCUGACCUGGGGUAACGAUGUUCCUGGUUUUGAUCACACACAUAGUACCAUUCUCCAGACGGAUGAUCUGGAGACAUUGGCGAAGACAGGUGCACUCCCAGGACCUUUCGUGCACGCACUUCCCAGUCAAGUGCUGUGGGACAGUACAAAUGCCAAGGUUAAAGACACUAGCUUUGAUGAUUACAUGGCUAAUGAUGCCGCGCUUUUGCGAGUCUUAAACCUUUACGAACACACGGUCUUGUCUUCGUCACCAACAUUCCUGGUGAGAAGCAUGCAAUGAGUCAGAUUGCAACACGCAUGGGACCAAUGGAAGACACCUUCUACGGUCGGACCUGGGGUGUGCGCACCGUUCCGUCCCCCACAAACGCCGCCUAUAUCUCAACGGAUCUAGGAUCGAGCACUCGC